AUGGCACACAGUACUAACCAGCGCGACGACGCCUCGGCAUGGGCCGAGCAGCCUGGUGCCCGCGACGGCACCCAGCCGUUCAACCUCUACUACCACCCUGCGGUCGUGGAUGACUUCUAUCUCCCCGACACCGAUGUGCCACGGAACCCUCAGCUGUUGAUCCAGGCUUUCAACGCCGACCUUCCCUCCCUCCCCGACCCGAAGAACCAAGGUCCAGAUCUCGACGCACAGCUCUCAAUUGAACUCCUCAUCGGUGGCGGCUCGUCCUUUGAAAACAAGGACCUCGGCCAUGGCGCCGCCGGCCCGUCAUCACACGGUCUCGCCCGCAGCAUCAGCCAAGCCAGCUCACACGGGAAGGACGACAUCGAGUCGGUGACAUUCAGCCAGAGCGACUUCGCCGAGAGCUUCGGUAACUUCAACCCCCUCAACAGCACCACCACAAGCGUCUCCGAGUACAUCGUGCCGUCCAUAGAGAGCAGCCCCGGCGUUGUCCAGAGACCCUUCCUCAACGUCCGCACAAAUAACGCCAGUCCGUCGCUGAACACGCUGGGAUUCUCGGCCAGCUCUUCGCCUGCCUCCGCUCAUGCGUUUCCCACGAACACUUUCAACUUCCAGACCACGCCGACGAGCGCUCCCCGACAGAGUGUCAGCGCCCUCUCCGCCGGCCUGUCGAGCCACUCCCACCUUCCUAGUCCCGCCUCGCCAUUCUACGAGGACUGGGGCGCUCAAUUCUCAGAAGAUGGAAACGCGGGUCUCAGCCAGUCGUGGAGUGCUACCCUUCCGUCCGGAGACUUUCCAUUGUUCACCGACGGACAGUCUCAGCCUUCGCUGGUCAUCCACCCGCCGGAAGCUACAAACAUGUUUGAAUUCGAGGACUUCAACAUUCCCGGGCCGUCCCCAACCUCCCGAAUGCAUCCCAUCGACCACACUUCCACCAACAGCUUUACGUUCCAGAACACUAGAACGCAGAACUUUCGAGAUAUGAGGCCGUCGGUACCGUUCAACACGACCGAGGACCGCCUGGAGGUCCCGAGACAGAGACCUCGCCGUUCAUCAGAAUACACCCGGCCGGGCAAUCCUCUGUCGUCACAAGGACGGCGAGUACAUAGACCAGUAGACCCUAGAACAAACCGUCCCCGCAGCCACACUGCACUGCCGCCGCCGAACCGAUCAUCCAUAAUACAGUUGCAGCGCGCAAGCCAGGAGCAUAUUACAGCCUCCUCGACAACAACAGCACCUGUACAAAUUCGCUCCCGCUCCAAAAAACCGGAAGCCGUAGCUGCCCCAUUCCCAAGCACAAGCCCAAAGGGCCCCUCGCGCGGACGCCGCAACGGUCCCAUGGAAGCAAAGUCCCGCGAGCAGGCCAAAGAUACCCGCAAUAAGAAGACGGUCUGCAUUCGCUGCAAGUACUCAAAGCAGGGUUGCAGACGGGUCGACAACGCCCCAAACAGCCCCUGCGUCCAGUGUGAAAAGCAUGGCUGCUCUAGCAAGUGGCCGGGCCCCUGCGAGUUGGCCCAUUUCGAGGACUUAGUCCUCUCGAGGUCCUGCAACUACGUCUCUCAGCGCGCCAUCAACCACCUCUCGCUUGACGGGACGCGACGCAUCCGCAUUCCCCUGCAGUGCGUCUUUCCCCUCGACGACGUCAUCGCUGCGCUGAACACCCCCUGCGACUUUGACAUCCGCGUUCACCAGGACAACCGGCCCGUCUACAUCCUCAACCUCCAAAAGUGCCACGAGUAUCUCCUCACCCUGAAGGCUCAGAUCGGCGGCGGCAGGACAGACCGGAGCCCGAGCUCCUUUAUCGACAGGGACCUCGUCCACCUCGACGCGGACUGGGAGGCCUGCAUGGACAAUGUCGUGACCGACGACCCCCUCGCCCUCCUCUGCGCCAUCCACAACAUGCCCUCCCACGCGCGCUACUCUUACGUCUACAAAACCCACGUCCACCUUCCCGAACGCUUCCUGGACCCGGAAUCCCCUUCCGACACCGGCGCUCUCCAGCUCGCUGCCCAGCUCGCCCGCGUCAUCUGUCGCAAGGUCGAGGUCAAGGCCUAUACUUACCUGCAGCGCGCGCUGUACAAGUCCACCGAACCCAAGGUCAAGGAGGAGGAGCUUCUCCCGCUGCUACGUCGGGUGGGUUGCAUUCUUGCCAGCCUGCGAUGGCGUCUCGCGUGGUGGACCGUGAUGCCCGGGAACCCGCCCGAGGCGCGCGACGAGGAUGGGGCGCGGGCCGAGUGUCAGAAACAGGUGUACAAACUCUGCCGCAGGCUUUACUUUCACUAUUGUAGCGCAAGACGGAGGCUGGCCACGUGGUCGACGGUAGACUCGCUCAGGGGCAUGUGGUCGCUGUACCCAGAUACGGACCGCAAGGUGUGGGAUGCUUUCCCUGGGGAUGAGACUGUCGAGGCGUUUAACGAAUGGUUGGCUAAGGGCCAGGGGUUGAUUUACGAGGCCGGGGCGUCGCGGGUGCUUGAGUCCAUGAUGUUGCCCACGUCAGUCUGUUUUUGA